UGGGUGACAAGUUGAACGCUGGCCGAGUGUCCGCGGCUGCUGCUGCUAUCCCCGGUGUCUGUGUGUCUGUGUGUCUCUGUCUGCGGGCCAGACGUCUGCCCCUCCUGCAUCCACCAUGGCCCUGCUGAGAGCGGGUCGCGGGCUCCUGCUCCCCGCCAGGUUGACGGUGGCGGGCGGCUGCUUCAGGACACAGGGGACGGUGGAGGCGCUGAGAGAGAAAAAUGAAAAAAUGGAAGAGAUAAAAGCUUCAAAACCGGCCAGAGUGCAGUUUGACUGGCGAGACGCCCUGAACCUGGAGGGCCAGCUGACGGAGGAGGAGAUCCUGAUCAGAGACACGUUCCAUGCCUACUGCCAAGCCAAGCUGAUGCCCAGGAUACUCUUGGCAAACCGCAACGAAGUGUUUCACCGUGACAUUCUACACGAGAUGGGAGAGUUGGGAGUACUGGGAUCCACAAUUAAAGGUUAUGGAUGUGCGGGGACCUCGUACGUGGCCUACGGCCUGAUUGCCCGCGAGGUGGAGCGUGUGGACAGCAGCUACCGAUCCGUCAUGAGUGUCCAGUCCUCCCUCGUCAUGCACCCGAUCUCCGCCUACGGCACCGAAGCGCAGAAGCAGCGGUUCCUUCCAAAGCUAGCCAAAGGGGAAUUGUUGGGUUGCUUUGGGCUAACGGAACCCAAUCACGGGAGUGACCCGUCGGGCAUGGAAACCAGAGCCAGGUUUAACGCCAGCAGCAACACUUAUACGCUCAAUGGGUCAAAGACCUGGAUCACCAACUCUCCGACAGCUGACGUCUUGGUGGUCUGGGCCAAGUGCGAGGAUGGGAUGGUGCGUGGCUUCCUGCUGGAGAAGGGGAUGAAAGGGCUGAGCACGCCAAAGAUCGAAGGCAAGUUCUCACUGCGGGCUUCCUCCACCGGGAUGAUACUGAUGGAGGACGUCGAGGUCCCUGCAGACAACCUGCUCCCCAACGUGGCGGGACUCAAGGGUCCGUUUGGGUGUCUGAACAAUGCACGCUAUGGAAUUUCCUGGGGUGCUCUUGGAGCGGCGGAGUUCUGUUUGGAAACGGCCAGACAAUACACUCUGGACAGGAUUCAGUUUGGAGUUCCUCUCGCUCGUAACCAGCUGAUCCAGAAGAAGAUGGCGGACAUGUUGACUGAGAUCACCCUGGGCCUCCAGGCCUGCAUCCAGCUGGGUCGCUUAAAGGAUGAAGAUAAAUCCACGCCCGAAAUGAUCUCGAUGCUGAAGCGGAAUUCCUGCGGGAAGGCCCUGGACAUUGCCCGGCAAGCCCGCGACAUGUUGGGCGGGAAUGGGAUUUCGGACGAGUACCAUGUGAUUCGGCACGUGAUGAAUCUGGAGGCUGUGAACACUUACGAAGGGACUCAUGAUAUCCACGCACUGAUUCUUGGAAAAGCGAUCACAGGCCUGCAGUCUUUCACAGUAGAGAAUUAAUCCCACGUUCGGAGAAGUGACUUCUUUAAAAAGAGUGGCAAUUUGUCCGUUUGUUUCUGGAUUCAUGACCCUGGUUAAGAUGAGCUGGCAUCUGUCGGCUGUCCAAACACUAAUCUGCUGCAUGACCUUGAAGCCUAUAGAGCUAGUUUGGGGAGUCGGCAUUUAAUACUACGCUCCUACUCCUUCACCUCUAACCUCAACAGUUUUUCUCCAACUAUUUAUUCGUCUGAUUUUUAAAAGUUACCAUUGAAAAUAUUUCCAUCCUGCUUUUCCACUUCAUGUUUAGCUUUGUUUUCUAAGCCAGUCUCAUCUGCGCCAAUUUAUUUUAAAAUCUAACAUGGUCGCAUUUCUCGGCAGUUGUCAGGUCGGCUGUGUUGGUUCUGUUGCUGGUGCUUUUCACACAACUGCUUGUGAUGUUUUUCUCUCUUCCCUAGAAUCAAACUUUCUUUCAAAGGUAAAGAUUGAAAGCAGCAAGAAUUUGAAUUCUCCUGCGUUUGAGCCCAUAAUUUGGUAGGAAAUAUCGUUUGCAGUGAAAAACACACAAUUAGCACAUUUUUUAAAAGCUUCUACAUUCUAGAUUUCAGUU